AUGUUCGUAUCGCGUAUUUUCCUAUCAGGGUUAUUAAAAUGCAAACAUCGUUUUAAAAUAUCAUCUACUCGAUGUUUUGCAUCAAAAUUAUCGAAUGUUUCAUCAUCAUCAUCAUCAAUAAUAAAAACUGAUGAAAAAAAUAAUAAUUUGAAUUUAAAUGAUCAAAAGCAAGGAAUGGAUAAUAAUGAAUGGUUAUGGGCUUAUUUACGUAAUCGAAAAAAUUUUGUAGAUCUUAGUGAAGAACAAAGACGACGUGUUAUUGAAAUUGAAAUUCAAACAUUGAGAGAAAGUGGUGAACGUGUACCAGAAAUUAUACCUGACGAACGAUGGGCUGACCUAUUGAAUUUACCUUUACUUGAAUCUCGAAAAAAGUUUUAUGGAUAUCUUUUUCUUCGUGAACUUGGUCGUAAACGUCGUGCUGCUACAGUUGCUUUAAAUGAUAUACGUCGUUCUGAAUCAGCUAAACGUCGUGCUGAAUUACUUUCUGAUGGAAAACCACCAACAAAUUAUCCCGGUUAUUCAUCAAUAUUUCGUCAUAUUGGUCGACAUCAUGAAAAACUUUUACGUGAACAAAUUUUACUUGCACCAGCACGACUUGGUGAAAUGCUUGUUAUUGAUUGUGGUUUUGAACAAGAACAUGUACGUGAAUAUUAUUUAUCAAAUUUAGUUGAUCAAAUACAAUAUGUAUUUGCUGAUAUAACACGUUAUCAUUCACCAUCAUUUGUUUAUUUAUGUAAUUUAUCACAUCAUGGACGAUUAGAAGCUGAAUUUACUCGUCGUGCAUCAUUAGAAAAUAUGUGUUUCGAAUUUACAGAAUUAAAUUAUUUAGAUAUAUUUCCACAUGAUAAACUUAUUUAUUUAUCACCAGAUUCUAAUGUUGAAAUGACAUCAUUUGAUCAUGAUGCUAUUUAUAUUAUUGGUGGAAUCGCUGAUCGUACUGGUAAAAAACCUUUAACAUUUGGUAAAGCAAAACGUGAAAAUAUAAAACAUCAACGAUUUCCUAUAGAUCGAUAUGUAAAAUUUGGUGGUGGUAGCGGAAAAUCAUUAACUAUUGAUCAAGUUUAUAAUAUUUUAAUGACAUUAAAACAUACUGGAUCUUGGAUAGAAGCAUUUAAAUAUAUUCCUGAUCGAAAAGUUGUUGAACGAUAUUCAGAAAAAAUGGAUAAUAAACAACGUAUUCAUGAAAAAUAUGUUCGACGUACUCAGUAA